GUAGUGUAUUGGAAUGGUUUUUCCAUCACGACAGGAAUUUGAAACUUUGGAUAUCAUCCAUUUAAAUUAUACGGAUAUUUGAUUGAAACGUGAAUACACGUUUUUUUGUGUGUGUUUGUGUUCGCUUACAACGUGUGCGUUCAGGGAUGAAAGCGGUAAAAGUUUUGUGUGUGGUUGUAACCAUCUUUACGGUUGGAGGAUAUGUGCAGUAAAAUAUACCGUCAGAGGAAGAAGAGGAAGAAUAUUUCUGCAACGAUCCGAAAAAUAACGACAAUUACUCCUUGGAAAUGGCGGAAAACAAGCAGGCGAAGGGGUGACGUCACAACGCCGAUGACGCCAACCACAUCCGAGGAGCAUGACGGGAAAACGUCACCGACUUCGAAGAUCCCUACCAAGAAGAAGCGACCUCAUAAAAACAGACGCCGGUGGCGAAAACUACAGAGGCUACACAGGAGGAGGGGCGGGAAAAAGCAACGAAGAAAACACUGGAAACGUAGAAAAACAAAAUCGUCAAGCUCUGUGAAAUCAAAUACCAAGUCAAAAAAGAACAGAAAUAAUUUUGAAGUAGUUGUAACAAGAACGUCAGAACAAGGUAAUAGUAAUAAUGUAACUAACUCGAGUUCUGAAGAAACAAUAUUCAUUUCACCCUUAGAAGAAACAAGAACGGCAGCGAAGAAUUUAUCCACACCUCUUCCUGCAUCAGUAGUUUCGGUGACACCACCGACAGACCCUACCAUAAAGACAAGAAUUGAACAUACCUCGGAUUUUGACUCGGUUCGAAAGCAAGAAAACGCAUUGGCAUCCCCGAAAAAUGUAAACCGACCUAGAUCGACAACUGAGACAACAACAUCCACUCCAACACCCACUUCAACUCCUGGCGUUACCGGACCUUCCGGUUUUCUAUGGAGGUCUGGCUUCAACAACAGGGCGCCUCGUAAGUACUCACGUCGUCACAGACAACACACUCCCGGUUCAUUGCAUGCGCCGUUAAUUAACAUAUCGACAAUAGCAGCUACGAUCUCACCUCCGCCUCCUAUUCCACCCAUAGCAGUAACAGAAACCUCAUCAACGUUCAAAGUUUCUUCGUCAACUGUCUUAAAAGAUCUCAAGGAGCGAGCUGAAAAGUUUAAUUCGACGUCGGAUGAAACGGGACUGAGAGCGUCGUCACGUCGCGGUACACUUCAAAGCCAUAGUGUUACUUCACCAAAACCGCGCCUUCCGCCGCCUUCUGGGGGUUUGUUAGCAACUACGACUGCACCACAACCAGCAUCAGCUGAAACAGCAACAAUCGCAACUUCAGCCGGCGCUGUAGGACAUAUUAAUACACCAGUAUUACCACACUCAACAGCAACAUCAAACGAUUUCGAUUUAAGAAACAGAGCUUCCCAAAACCGUAUGUUUCCAGUAACUUCAGAUGUGUCGCCACCACACACAACCCCCUCCAUUACGAGUCCGGCACCUGUAGAGGCAGUGCUAGGUAAAAAGAAACCCAUCGUCACAACAACAAACCAAGCAAUGUACGUGGAGUCUUCUACACAAUCCUCCCUUGACCUGAAGUCAUCGCCGAUAACACACACUAAAUUUGUCAGAGGUCAAGGACCUUAUGGUGGGGCAGCUGACCAAACGUCAUCAAUCCCAGAAGCCACCCAGAAAACACCCACGACCCCAACGGCUGAAGUGGGCGAGAACUCAUCUACGUCAUCAAAACUGGACAACGUCACUGCUGGACUUUUGACAACUAGGGAAAUGGCAACGAGAGCUUCGGAACUCCGACUCCAAAGAGCACAUGUCGGCGAGGGCCACAGCCCUGUACUCAGAACUACUGGGCCCCUACCACGAGUGGUACAUCCGCAUGGGCGUCUACGUGGCCAUGCUCUCCUUCCCGUCACGUGACCUCUUGCUGAAGCAGAUCAACGUGGCGGACAACCCGGCUGGGAUGCAGCUGUUGGAGGACGCCUCGAGCGUCAUAGACGCCGUCUACGAGGAGAUUGAGAUGCUGUAUGAAGAGUACACUCCCCUGUAGGCUUGGGCAGAAUUGAAAAAAAAAUAGGACUUUCAAAUCUCAAGUCAUAACACCUUGAGACCCGCAAGUCUCAAGCCCAAUUUCAAGUCCAGGGGACGUAAUAAAGUAUACAUGUAACAUGAAUAGUCUCUUUGAUAGUAAAGCCAUCAGCAUUA